AUGGCCAACCCCGCCCCCAAGCACCACUUCGAUACCCUCCAGGUCCACGCCGGCCAGUCCCCAGGUAACCCUCAUAACCCUGUUGAAGACGAGUUCCAUGACUCUCAUUCGGCUACCAACGCCAGAGCCGUCCCUAUCUACGCCUCGUCCUCGUUCGUCUUCAACAGCUCCGAGCACGGUGCCAACCUCUUUGCCUUGAAGGAGGCCGGUAACAUCUACUCCAGACUCGGAAACCCCACGUCGGAUGUGUUUGAGCAGCGCAUUGCCGCCCUCGAAGGCGGAAUCGGCGCCGUCUCCACCUCUUCCGGCCAAGCCGCUCAGUUCUUGGCUAUCGCCACCCUGGCCCAAGCCGGUGACAACAUCAUUGCUUCCUCCCACUUGUACGGCGGCACCUACAACCAGUUCAAGGUCCUCCUCCCUCGUCUGGGAAUCAAGGUCAAGUUCACCGAAUCUGAUGAGCCCGAGGCCUUUGCCAAGCUGAUCGACGCCAACACCAAGGCUGUUUUCCUCGAGUCCAUUUCCAACCCCAAGUACAUCGUCGCCGAUAUUGAUGCCAUUGCCAAGGUUGCCCAUGAUGCCGGUGUGCCCCUGAUUGUUGACAACACUUUCGGUGCUGGUGGAUAUUUGAUCCGUCCCUUUGAGCAUGGUGCUGAUAUUGUCGUCCAUUCGGCAACCAAGUGGAUUGGUGGACAUGGUACCACUGUUGGAGGCGUUAUUGUUGACAGCGGAAACUUUAACUGGGGCAAUGGGCGGUUCCCUGACUUCACGGAGCCCUCGGAGGGAUACCAUGGAUUGAAGUACUGGGAUACCUUCGGCAAGUCGUCGUUUAUCGUCAAGACCCGUAUUGAAGGACUCCGUGAUUUUGGUGCCUCGCCCAACCCCUUUGCCAGUUUCUUGCUCCUCCAGGGAUUGGAGACCCUCUCCCUUCGUGUCCAACGCUCAGUCGACAGCGCCCUGGCCUUGGCCCAACACCUCGAGAACCACGCCGGUGUCGCAUGGGUCUCCUACCCCGGUCUUGCCUCGCAUCCCUCCCACGCUCACGCCAAGAAGAUCCUCAACCAUGGUUUUGGCGCUGUCUUGUCCUUCGGUAUCAAGGGUGGUGCCAAGGCUGGAUCAGACUUUGUCAACUCUGUCAAGUUGGCCUCGCAUCUGGCUAAUGUUGGAGAUGCCAAGACGUUGGUGAUUUCCCCUGCUGCUACCACUCAUCAGCAGUUGACGGAUGAGGAGCAGGUGUCUGCCGGUGUUACUAAGGAUCUCAUCAGAGUCUCGGUUGGUAUUGAGCACAUUGACGAUAUCAAGGCCGAUUUUGACCAGGCCAUCGCUGCUGCUCUCGCGAAGGCUUAA